GAGCGGCGGAGAGAUUGCGACCCUUUUUUGCUGCUCGCAUGGCACCGCCCCCCAUCAAAUCCGACAACUGUGCUCUCACUCACAGGACUAUACAUUAUUGAAGAAAAAGGACACGAGACUGCAGUCCCCGAGCCAGCCAUUAUGAAACUGGCAGCAUUACACCGAGAUGCGAUCAUAUUUAACAUGUUUCUUUGUGUGAAAGAGUGAAGUAGAUCGCGAGAUUUCAUAGCCUGAAGACAGAGAAAGAGUGCAUCUGCGUGUGAGCGAGAGAGGGAGAUGCAGUGAUGGAGAAGAAGCAGAUUGGAAUGCAGCAGACGCCGUCGGGCACGAAGCCACCCGAGACGAAGACCGCUGGGUCUGGAGGACGGGGGCUCAUUGUGGUGCCUGCCUUGUGCACGCUCGUCCUGCUCGCCACGGUGCUCUCCGGAGCCCAUCGUAGUCUCUCAGUCGAUUUGCUGCUCAAAAAUCACGCAGCGGCAGCAGCAUCACAAGAAGUCUCCAACAGUAGCUGUUCUGUAAGUUCUUCAACUAUUGAGCCACCAAAAGACAAGUUACUUGGAGGUUUGCUCUCCACUGCAUUUGAUGAAGCUUCUUGCCUGAGCCGCUACCAGUCUGCAUUGUUUCGAAAAUCAUCAAACCACACUCCUUCGAGUUAUCUUGUAGAGAAGCUCCGAAGCUAUGAAGUUCUCCACAAAAAAUGUGGCCCAAACACUAAGCUCUACAACAAGACCAUAGAACAGUUGAAGUCCAAUCACAGCAUGGGGCCAAUGGAGUGCAACUAUGUCGUAUGGAUACCAUCCGAUGGCUUAGGCAACCGGAUCAUUAGUAUUACCUCAGCGUUCCUCUAUGCCCUCCUCAACAACAAGGUCUUACUGCUCUACCUUCCUGAAGACAUGAGUGAUCUCUUCUGUGAACCAUUUCCUGAGACCACUUGGGUUCUUCCAUCAGAUUUCCCUAUCAGGAACAUUAAAUGGGUCUAUAGUUUCGAUAAAGAUCCUAAUAGAUAUGGAGAUUUGCUGAAAAGAAAGGUGCUUAGGAAUGACAUGAAUUCUCGAAAUAUUUCAGGGCCAUUGCCAGCAUAUAUAUAUCUCCACCUAAUACAUGCUAAUGAUGACUUUGAUAAGAUGUUCUACUGCAAAGAGGACCAACUACUGCUUCAAAAGUUCCCUUGGCUGCUGUUAAGAUCAAACCAGUAUUUUGCACCUGCUUUGUUUCUCAUUCCUCAGUUUGAGAAGGAACUAAGUCUCCUCUUCCCAGAGAGAACCACCGUCUUCCAUCAUUUGGGACGUUAUCUUUUCCAUCCAUCAAACACAGUCUGGGGCUACAUAACAAGGUAUUAUGAAGCUUAUCUGGCAGAUGCAAAGGAAAGGUUAGGAAUGCAGAUCAGAACAUUUGGGCAGGUUGAUCUAGAUAGCCACUCUAGUUAUAUCAUCAAUUGUGCACUGACUGAGAGAUUGUUGCCCAACAUUGAUCUGAAAGAUCCUGUUCUGCCAACUAUCUCUGGAGUGAAGCCAAAAGCUGUUCUUGUGACCAGUUUAAGCAGUCGUUACUUUGAGAGGCUAAGAGACAUGUACUAUGAGCAUGCGACAACUACUGGAGAGGUAAUCAGCGUCUAUCAACCAAGCCAUGAAGAGCAGCAGCACACGGAGAAGCUUAGUCACAACAUGAAGGCUUUUGCAGAGAUUUAUCUCCUAAGCUUGAGUGAUGCUUUGAUUACUAGCAAGUUCUCUACCUUUGGGUAUGUGGCACAAGGCCUUGGUGGUUUGAGGCCAUGGAUUCUCGUAAGACCCAAGAACAAGAAUGUUUGUCUCCAUUCCAUGACAAUGGAGCCCUGCUUCCACUUUCCUCCAUCUCAUGAUUGCAACACAAGAAGGAAAGUUGCAAUAGGAUCGGUAGCCUCAUAUCUGAGGCACUGCGAAGACUUUCCUAAUGGCAUCAAACUGUUUUAUUAGGAAAUGAUGUAGCUGCGAUACACAAAAUUACUACUGCAUGGUCUAUAAGAAACAUACAGUGAACACUUGACAAUUUCAUGCAGCUUGAUUCCCCUUGACCUACAAGUUCAAUCCUGAGUUGAAGACUAUACAUCAAAGAUUCUCAAGGAUUACCAUUGCUGCUGUUUCUCCAGUACAAGACUUCCUGUUUUCAUGGAGGAGACAUAAUAGUGGAUUAUAUUUGUUUCUGAAUGUCCAGAAAUCAUUUUGAAGCUAAGAGUUGAGCGGAACUGCUGAUGAAUAAUGACUUGCUUCUUCUCAACCUGUAUGCCUUUGAGGGAUGUGUUGCUACUGCUUGCAAACGAAGGCAUUGUUUCAUUGUUGCUAGUAAUGGUUGUUUCUGGUGUUUGUUUCUAUUACAAUGGAUGUAUUAUCUUAACUUCUCUUGUUGGUAGUAAAGAAUAGGCGAUUGGUAGUUGGAACUUUCAUGUUUGGUUUAUCCUAGAUUCUACAGCUUUGUAUAUUAUUGGUGGUGAAAUUUUACU